CGGCGCGGCAGCGGGGCAGGAAGUCUCGUGUCGGUGAGUCAGGAGGGGAGGGGGAGCCGCUGCUGGGGCGCUCACGGCGGCGAUGGCGCUGGAGACCCUCUCCCCGGACUGGGAGUUCGACCGCCUCGACGACGGCUCGCAGAAAAUCCAUGCUGAAGUGCAGUUGAAGAAUUAUGGAAAAUUUCUUGAGGAAUAUACGUCUCAGCUGAAGAGAAUUGAGGAUGCUUUGGAUGACUCUAUUGGAGAUGUUUGGGACUUCAGUCUUGAUCCCAUUGCGUUAAAGCUUUUGCCAUAUGAACAGUCUUCUCUUCUGGAGCUCAUAAAGACAGAAAACAAGGUUCUGAACAAAGUAAUAACUGUUUAUGCUGCCCUUUGCUGUGAAAUCAAGAAAUUAAAGUAUGAGGCAGAAACUAAAUUUUAUAAUGGCCUCUUGUUUUAUGGAGAAGGAGCCACAGAUUCCAGCAUGGUGGAGGGAGAUUGCCAAAUACAGAUGGGAAGAUUUGUUUCUUUCUUGCAGGAGUUGUCUUGCUUUGUUACUCGAUGUUAUGAAGUAGUGGUGAAUGUAGUGCAUCAGCUGGCUGUUCUCUAUACCGGCAACAAAAAUGCACCAAAAAUUAUAGAGACAUCAGGAGUCCAUUUUCAGACAAUGUACGAGCAUCUGGGGGAAUUGCUGACAGUCUUAAUCACCUUGGAUGAAAUAAUUGACAAUCAUGCCACUCUGAAAGAUCACUGGACCAUGUACAAGAGGCUGCUAAAAUCUGUUCAUCACAACCCUUCUAAGUUUGGGAUUCAAGAAGAUAAACUGAAGCCAUUUGAAAAGUUGCUGUUAAAACUGGAAUGCCAAUUACUCGAUGGAAUGAUAUUUCAGGCCUGUAUAGAACAACAGUUUGAUUCCAUAAAUGGUGGAGUGUCUGUGUCAAAGAACAGCACGUUUGCUGAAGAAUUUACUCAUACUAUUCGCACAAUUUUUGCAAAUGUUGAAGCUAAACUUGGUGAACCUUCGGAAAUUGACCAGAGAGAUAAAUACGUCGGAAUCUGUGGCCUCUUUGUGCUGCAUUUUCAGAUUUUUCGGACCAUAGACAAGAAAUUUUACAAGUCACUGUUAGAUGUCUGCAAAAAGGUACCAGCUGUCACAUUAACUGCUAACAUUAUAUGGUUUGCUGAUAACUUUCUGAUUCAGAAGAUACCAGCUGCUGCCAAACUUCUGGACAAGAAAAGUAUUCAUACAGUUAAAAUGCAAAGGGAGAAUUUUCUACAACAGAAGGCACAGUCACUCACCAAAGAUAUGCAGUCAUACUAUGUCUUUGUGAGCUCGUGGAUGACAAAAAUGGAAUCUAUUUUGUCAAAGGAGCAACGAAUGGAUAAGUUUGCUGAAGAUCUUUCUAACCGCUGCAAUGUCUUCAUUCAGGGUUUCCUUUAUGCAUAUAGUCUUAGCACCAUUAUUAAGACCACAAUGAAUCUCUACAUGUCAAUGCAAAAACCUAUGACCAAAACCUCAGUGAAAGCUCUGUGCAGACUUGUGGAACUUCUCAAGGCAAUAGAACACAUGUUUUACCGAAGAAGUAUGGUUGUGGCAGAUUCUGUGACGCACAUCACUCAGCAUCUACAGUAUCAGGCUCUUCACUCUAUUUCUGUAGCCAAGAAAAGAGUCAUUUCUGAUAAAAAGUACAGCGAGCAGCGCCUGGAUGUUCUCUCUGCUUUGGUGUUGGCUGAGAACACCCUCAAUGGACCAAGUACAAAGCAGAGGCGACUAAUAGUUUCCCUUGCGUUGAGUGUGGGAACACAGAUGAAAACUUUUAAAGAUGAAGAACUUCUUCCCCUUCAGUUAGUUCUGAAAAAGCUAGACUUGAUCAGUGAACUUGUAGAGCGAGUUCGAGCACAAUGUGACUGUUGUUUCCUAUACUGGCAUCGAGCAGUCUUUCCAAUCUAUUUAGAUGAUGUGUAUGAAAAUGCAGUUGAUUCUGCUAGACUGCAUUAUAUGUUUAGUGCACUACGGGACUGCGUACCUGCUAUGAUGCAUGCAAGACACUUGGAAUCCCAUGAGGUACUUCUGGAAUGCUAUGACAAAGAAAUCAUGGAAGUGCUCAAUGAGCACCUGCUGGACAAAUUAUGUAAAGAGAUAGAAAAGGACCUACGCCUAUCAGUUCACACGCACCUAAAACUUGAUGACAGAAAUCCCUUCAGAGUUGGUAUGAAGGAUCUAGCUCACUUCUUCUUUCUGAAUCCAAUACGUUUUUUCAAUCGCUUCAUUGACAUAAAAGCUUAUGUGACGCACUAUUUGGACAAGACCUUCUACAAUUUAACAACUGUAGCUCUUCAUGACUGGGCUACCUAUAGUGAAAUGAGAAACCUAGCAACUCAACGAUAUGGUUUAAGUAUGACUGAAGCACAUCUUCCCAGCCAGACUUUGGAACAGGGUCUGGAUGUUUUGGAAAUCAUGAGAAAUAUUCAUGUUUUUGUAUCUCGCUACCUCUACAAUCUGAAUAAUCAGAUAUUCAUUGAAAGAACUAGUAAUAACAAACACUUGAACACUAUCAAUAUCCGACAUAUUGCCAAUUCGAUUCGAACUCAUGGAACGGGAAUCAUGAACACAACAGUGAACUUUACGUAUCAAUUUUUGAGGAAAAAGUUUUAUAUUUUUAGCCAGUUCAUGUAUGAUGAGCAUAUCAAAUCUAGACUUAUCAAAGACAUCAGAUUCUUCAGGGAAGUCAAGGAUCAAAAUGAUCACAAGUAUCCCUUUGAAAGAGCAGAUAAAUUCAACCGAGGCAUCAGAAAACUUGGAAUGACCCCGGAUGGCCAAAGUUACCUUGACCAGUUCAGACAACUCAUAAGUCAAAUCGGCAAUGCUAUGGGUUAUGUGCGAAUGAUAAGAUCUGGUGGACUUCACUGCUGUAGUAGUGCAAUUAGGUUUGUUCCUGAUCUGGAAGAUAUUGUUAAUUUUGAAGAGCUAGUGAAAGAAGAAGGGCUCUCAGAAGAAACGCAAAAAGCAGCAAGACAGUUGGACUCUGUCCUCAGUGAUCUCACGCGUAACUUUGCAGAAGGAACAGAGUACUUCAAAAUGCUUGUGGAUGUAUUUGCGCCUGAAUUCCGCAGUCCAAAGAAUAUGCAUUUGCGCAACUUCUAUAUAAUUGUUCCUCCGCUGACUCUCAAUUUUGUAGAGCAUUCAAUCAGUUGCAAGGAGAAAUUGAAUAAGAAGAAUAAAAGUGGAGCAGCUUUCACUGAUGAUGGAUUUGCCAUGGGUGUGGCGUACAUUCUGAAGCUUUUGGAUCAGUACCAGGAGUUUGAUUCGCUGCACUGGUUCCAGUCUGUUAGAGAGAAAUAUGUGAAGGAAAUAAGAGCAGUAGCUAAACAACAGAAUGUGCAGUCCACUAAUCAAGAUGAAAAACUGCUACAAACUAUGAACUUGACCCACAAGCGACUGGAAGUUUGCUUACAGGAAUUUGAACUGCUUUAUUUCUCACUAAGUAGCGCAAGAAUAUUUUUCAGAGCAGAUAAAACUGCAGCAGAAGAAAACCAGGAAAAGAGAGAAAAAGAAGAAGAAUCUGUUAAAACAAGCAACGGAGAUCUUUCCAAUUCUACGCCGGCAGAUCCUGUUGUGAAAUGAUAAAGCUGGUCUGAUAUGCAUCCACAGAAGUAAGGAAAUCCAGAGCCAAGACAGAACCACAAUCAGCUCUUCCUUUUAUGACCAGACACUGUGUGAUGCGUGUCUGUAACUAUUAAGUGAUCUUACACUUCAUGACUAUGUUGUGCCUAACUGCAAGUUUCAGCCUCAGAUCUGUAUUUCCUUGCCCUUGUAGGUCUGUUGUACCCUCUGUGUUGUUCAUACAGUCUUACAUGCCUGAUUAUUAACAAUAAUUGCACUGCAGAUUUCAGAAGCUGCUGAACACUGUGAGAACUCUGUAUAAAUUUAACAACUUUUAAUGUCUGCAAGUAGAAGUUUCUAUACUGUGCAGGAGUUAUUCAGAUUCCUGACUCGAGUAAAUAGCUAGACUUAGUUUAAAAAUAAGUACCAGUUUCAUUAAAAGAUACAAUUGUGUUUUAAUCUCCCAGAAUAUAAAAUAAGGUCUUACUAGCUGGAAUAAACACUCUAGUCACCCUGAGAAUUACCUUUUUUCUUUCUUCUUUUUCCUUUUUCUUCUUUUUCCUUUUUCUUCUUUUUCCUUUUUCUUCUUUUUCCUUUUUCUUCUUUUUCCUUUUUCUUCUUUUUCCUUUUUCUUCUUUUUCCUUUUUCUUCUUUUUCCUUUUUCUUCUUUUUCCUUUUUCUUCUUUUUCCUUUUUCUUCUUUUUCCUUUUUCUUCUUUUUCCUUUUUCUUCUUUUUCCUUUUUCUUCUUUUUCCUUUUUCUUCUUUCUUUUCUCCCCCCCUCCCCCCCUCUCCCCCCUCUUUCUUUUCUACUUUUUUCUUUUUUUUUGGCACUUAACUGGCAACUGUAAUUGCCAGCUUCUUUCAUUUCUUCUUUAAGGUAAAUGGUUCAAAUUGCUCCACCCUUGGAUCACUUGAUUGCUAAGAUAAUUCCUGUCAGCCCUUUGAUAUGCCCUUCUCUGCCAGUCACUUUAACAUUCAAAAACUAGGAGAAAUGUUUUGUUGCAACUGGAGAGACCAGGCUGAUAGGCAAGUCCUCUCGUUGGUUCUGAAAACAUGACCCAGAAGCUUAAUGGACUGUAUAAAUCAGCUGGACUCAUUAAAGCUUUUAUUUUUGAUUCAUUACAACUGCAGAGACUGCUCUAAAAAUGCUGCAUUACGUGAUUUAAUUUUUGCAUUUUUAUUGAUAUGUUUUUGUCAUAAUUUGUGUACGUUUUAAUUUUUUGACCAAGUUGUGCCCACACUGAAUAUUCUCAGUAACGUUGCUGAGAACAGCAGCAUUCUUGCUGCUGCUGCUAAUUUCCAUGCUGUUGUAAUUGCAAUAGACAGGUUUUCAUAUUCCUAACUCAUCUUAAGUCAUAUGAUUGAUAAGUUCUUGGCUUGUCCUGGCCAAGCACUUCCUUUUCUUCCAUGCUAACUGCAGAAUGACCUAUAGAUGUUAGUUGAUUCCCUACGGAUUGACUUGCUAGAUAGCUGUGUACAGUCAAGGCAUUGCCUGUGCUCUGUGAAACCUGCACUUAAUUUUUUCCCCCUCCCUUUUUUUGGAAGGACGCUCUCUGAUAGGUAAUAAUUUGCAGUUAACCUUAAACUGUGCAUUUUCCUAAUAUGUGUACAGUGGUAACAAAUCAAUGUGGUUCUGGUGAUGAAAUUCUACAAGACAUAAGCUUAUUUUUAUAAAACACUUUUUAGAUCUGGGGGACCUGAAUGUAUACUAUAUGGCCAAAUUAACGAGGAAAAAUAUAUAUAUACACACUCAUAAAUAUGUACAGUGAUAAAAACUAUUCUUGCUAAUACUGUAGUUAUUGUAUUUAAAAAAAAAUUUGUCAUGUAGCAGCAUAUAGAUGCAGGAAGCUUUCUGUCAUCUGAAAUACAAGGAGGGUCACAGUUUUAGAUGUCCCUGUGUCAAUGAAAGUCACAUUAAAUCCGUGCUGUGGUGCUACUACUGGACUGAUUUUCAAUGCUUUUGCCUUCCUGCUCUGAUUAUAGGAACAAACUGGACCCUAACUGGUUGUCUGGAGAAGUGAGGAUGGAUUUAAAACAAAAACAAAAAAACCCCAAACUAAUCCAAACCUCCUGCUCACUCAAAGUUCCUGGAGGCGAUAAAGGAAAGUGAGGAUGAUGAGUUUGCUGCAGGGACAUAACCUAGUUAUCGACCUUUUUUUCAUGGGCAGAACAGGCUGAAGGCCAGUCUAUCUCCCUGAGAAAGCCCCUGUCCUCUCAUGCUUGUUCUUGUGAUCAGGCUGUUGCAUAUAGAAGUGGCAACAGCAGCUCUUCUAAAAUCUUGAGACCAGCUUCUGACUUGCUGCUGUGCCCUUCAUGUCAGAAGCCAGGGGGCUGCCUUGGCCUUCCUCCUAACAGCGUUGCAUUUAGAGGAAGCGGAGCUUGGCCGAUGCCCUAAGUCACCUUCAAAAGUUUUUUGUGUGUCACCCCAAAGUCAAAGGGCAUUUGCCAUUGAUGGGUUAGGAGCAGUGGCCUCAGCAGCACCCAGCUGGUCUGUGCUUCACUGGGAAACAAACCGUGGAUGUAUGUUUUGCUUUGCUGGAGGGUAGAUUCCAGAGGCCCCACUGUAGUCUGUAAUUAGAGGUAACUUUGAGUUUUUAUCUGAUGUCCAUCAAUAACAACUGUUUUCAGCUUCUCAGGUACAAAGGACCAAAUGUAACACUUAUGUUUCCUAACUCCUUGUACAAAAGGGUAUUUUGUUACCUCAGUCUCUUUGGUUCUGUGAGCAGAGUACGCUAUGUACAUAAAACUGUUAAUAAAUGUAAUUUUGAGAACCUCA